AUGAAGAAGUAUUUCACCAAGGUAUCAAAUUCAAGUUCGGGCUAUCAUAGUCAACCAAAUCGGGAAGAAAACGUGAAUCAUUUAGUAGCACCAUUACAAUUUUCUCAGGAGUUCGAUUUAAGUUCUUUAGAGGCUGAUCUGGGUGAAAGAACUCAGAUCUUGGAAUUUCAUCCAAAUCAUCGUGAUGCUAUUAGAAGAGAUUAUCUUCAAAAACGUCCUUGUCAGCCUCAAUUGAAAGUUUUUCCCCAAACGUUGAUUUCUGGAGAUAUGCGUCGUUUCAAUCGUGAUUGGUAUGUUGAAUUUCCUGAUUGGUUAGAAUAUAGUCUAAGUAAAGAUGCGGCCUAUUGUUUGUAUUGUUAUUUAUUUAAGGCCAAUAGCAAUCGUCAAGGUGGAGGUAAUGUAUGGUCUGGUUUGGGGUUUAGGAAUUGGAACAAAAAGGAUAGUUUACCAAAACAUAUUGGUGGGCCGAAUAGCAUCCAUAGUCAAUCAAAAAGAAAAUGUGAAGAUCUAAUGCGGCAACAACAAUCUAUUCAUGCUGCAUUUGAUAAGCAAUUUAAUCAAGAUAAGCAUGGAUAUGAGAUUCGCUUAGCAGCUUCAAUUCGUGUAGUGAGACUUCUUGUGAAACAAGGAUUGGCAUUUCGGGGUCAUAAUGAAUCUAAAGCAUCGCUUAACAGAGGUAGUUUUCUUGAAAUUCUUUCAUUUUAUGCUCAAGAGUGUGAUAAAAUUCGUAGCUUUGUAUUGGAAAAGGCUCCUCAAAAUGAUCAAAUGACUUGUCCAAUGAUUCAAAAAGAAAUUGUGCUUGCUUGCAAGAUUGAAACAAUUAAGGGUAUCAUAAAGGAAUUAAAUGGUGACUAUUUUUCCUUAUUGGUUGAUGAAUCUUUUGAUGUAUCACGCAAGGAGCAAACGGCGGCUGUUUUACGAUAUGUUGAUAGAAGGGGAUUUGUGAUGGAGCGACUUCUUGACAUUGUUCAUGUUAAAAAUACUAGUGCCUUAGCUUUAAAAGGUGCAAUUGUCAAUUUACUUUCUCAACAUUCCUUGAGUCUAUCUUGUGUGCGUGGACAAUGCUAUGAUGGAGCAAGUAAUAUGCAAGGUGAUAUCAAUGGCCUUAAAAUGUUGAUUAAGAAAGAAAGUAGAUCGGCUCAUUCCAUUCAUUGUUUUGCUCAUCAACUUCAAGUAACUCUUGUUGGUGUUUCAAAAAAAUGUCUUCAAGUGGGAGAACUUGUACAUUUGGUUUCGGAUAUUUUGAAUGUGUUGGCGGCUUCUUAUAAACGUAUGGAUGAAUAUCGAGAAUCUCAAAGGAAAAGAAUUCAAGAGGCUUUAGAAAAGGGCAAGCUUAAAACUGGUAGGGGCUUGCAUCAAGAACUUGGUAUUUCUAGAGCUUGUGAUACUCGUUGGGGGUCUCACUUCAAAUCUUUUAAUUGA